AUGGCCCUGGUCUACUCCCAGCUCUUCGACUCCACCUACGACAAGGAUGAGGGCCUCUAUAAGGUGCUUUUCACUACCCCCUUGGUCGAGGACGCCCUCCAGCGCACGAUAAUGCCCAAUAUCCAGCGGGUGGUCGAGGAGCGGUCCCAGUACAACCAGCAGGUGUUUGUCGACUUACUCCGCUACGGGGUCACGUUCUUCAACGAUGCUAUCCAGUACCAGACGCAAACGUCAGCUGACACCGCGUCAUCAGCUGAUGCCGCCUACGACGGUGACAUUACUCUACAAAAACAAGACUCCAACACCAACAAUACCCCCGUCAGACGACGCCAAUUUGAGGACAUUGACGACGAGCUCCGCGCAGAGCUCGUAGCCAAUAUCCUCCACACUGUCCAGACGUGGUUUCUCGUCGUUUACGACAGUAUCAAGUUGUUCCGCCGCGAUGGGCCCUCAGACCUUCUCCUCAUGCUUUUCGGCGAAAAAGGACCUUUGGACAGCUCUAUCAUCGAGGACUUGUUGGUACGGAUGAAGUGGGUGCUUCGGCAGGCGAUUGACGACAUUUCUACCGCCGACGACACCCCCGACGAGUACCUCCAAUUGCCGGUGAUUAAGGAGAUUAUCCUCGUAGUAGCGCUGAUGCUACGGUGCAUCUUCCUCCUGCUUGCCCAUAACCUGCUGCUGAUGCCGAUAAAACGGUUACUCGCUACGUUCGACGCUGUUGACUUCACUGAGUCGUUUAACCGGUUGCUUGUACUUACCGCAGCGGAAAAGUCUACUGAAGACGGCAAAGAAACGUUUCUCCCGCCGAAAAUCCGUCUCUCCGCAGAAACGUUGGUUAUUCUCUACAGCGUGAUCGGCUCGUUAGCCCACGUCGAGCGCCACAUCUCGUCCAGGGGGAAGCAAUUGCUGACCGUGGCCGCCGACAUCACCACCUUGGACAACGGCAUCACUCCGAGGCGAUCCCUCAUCACCAAUAAGGAAUACACCCGCGACUUGUUCCAGCGCGAGAUCGGCCUGCGCAUUAUUCCCAUUCUCGCCAUGGAAUUCAACUACGGCUACCUGUACCGGCCCGAUCUCCUUCUCCAGCAGCUUCCGCUGACGCUGUUCUUCGGCUGGCUCACGGGGAACACGUUUGGCAAGUCCAGCAUGUACGGCCAGUACGACACCCAGCGGCUUGUGACCAAUUUCGAGACUCCCGAGUGCGCUCUGCUUUCGAUUUAUGGUGACGAAAACGACCCUUACAUCGUCGAAGUACGCCACAUUCUCCAGACUAAAUUUGACCGCCGGCGCUACCAGCUGAAUACUAAGGAAUUCGACGACAUCUUGGAGAUGCCCGAGCUUCUCCCCAUUUCUCUCGUGUUGUUCCUGUUACUGGAUAACCCUACUUUCGUCGAGCAGCUUCUCACUCCCGAACUGCCCAUUACUCGCGCCAUUGAAGAUCUUGACCCAAUGGAAGACCGCGACAUGGGGGUAUUGGAGAUGUGGCUCUGCGUGGUGCUGUAUGUGUUGCAGUACCACUACCGCCUGCGCCACUUCCAGCUUAUCACUAAGCUCACUUUGUACACGGUAGCAAAGUUAUGCUCGCUGAGACCUUUACCUCUGGGCAUUGUACCUGCCACCAUGUUUGGCGCCUACCGCAUUAACGAGUUUAAGUGGAAGCUAUGCCAUCAACGACUGCCUAUAGUCCCCAUCGAUGAGGGCUCGUUUGGUAUCAAGCUGGCCCUCUUCUAUACUUUGGAUGUCCUCCAGAACUUAUUACGAUUCAAUCUCACCAAUAAGUUGAAACUUGAUAACUUCCAGGUGGCAGUGAACGUAAUGUAUCAGGUAGUCACCGAGAUCAAGAGAGAUACCUCCCUCGAGCUUGGCCAUUACCAUUGGGAUCAACUACGCCGGCUGAUAUUCAGUACCAUCCAAUUCUUUGUGAAGCAAAGAUUGUGGGAACUGUCCCAUUUCAUUAACCUACACCAAGAAGAUAACGUCAAGGCCGUCAUUGAAGAGCUUUUAGUGGUGGUCGACUCCACCUUGUGUCCCCGUUUCAGCUAUGUCGUUGAGGAGGAGGACCAGCUGAUGCUGAUCAACUACAACCUCGUGUACAACAUUCUCCUUCACUACGACUUGAUCAAAAUUGCCGAUGCCGAUGUGCUUGGGUCUUCGCUUGCGGCGCUGAUGCCUCGUCUCGCCCACUGUUUGCAUUACUUCGAGGAGAAGAUUCACCUUACGGAGGAGUCUAAGCUUCUGGGAGAAGAAAAGCUCAACAUGCAAGACUACAGUUACGACUCGUACCAGCUUAAGGAAAUGAUCAAUGGCUACCUUCUCGAUCGCGAUCUUGAGGUGGAAGUUCCCACAACACCUCCUACUUACCUGAGCAAGGAGACACUCAAGUAUGCUACUGGCAACUUCGAGUUGCUGGCGACAGACAGUCUUCAAAUCAUUAACUUUGCGUUGGCACCGGAUAACAAGCCGAUGCUGCGGUUCUUCCAGGAGCGUGCCGGCGAGGACCAGUAUCGUGUAAAGUAG